AUGAUUUGUUCAAUAUCAUCACUUGUAUUGUGCCUGUUCCUGAUAACAAGUAGUAAUAAUGUGGUUCUUGAAGCUAAGGCUAGAGCUUUCUUUGUGUUUGGUGACUCAUUUGUUGAUAGUGGCAACAACAAUUACUUGGCUACCGCGGUACGAGCUGAUUCACCUCCUUAUGGGAUUGAUUAUCCAGGUCAUGUUGCUACUGGCCGGUUCACUAACGGAUAUAACAUUCCUGACCUUAUCAGUCAAGCAAUUGGUGAAGAAGCAACAUUGCCAUACUUGAGUCCAUAUCUCACAGGUAACAAAUUACUUGUUGGUGCCAAUUUUGCUUCUGGUGGUAUUGGGAUACUUGAAGAUACAGGAGUCAUGUUUGGAAACCAAAUAAAGAUCGCAAAGCAAAUGCAAUACUUUGAACAGUAUCAAAAAAGAGUUGCUGAUAUAAUCUGCCCUGAAGAUACUCAAAGGCUAGUGAAUCAAGGUUUGGCGCUGAUCGCAUUGGGAGCAAAUGAUUUUAUAACAAACUACUAUGUCGUUCCGCAUUCAGCAAGAUCCACGCAGUUUUCUCUUCCGGAUUUUGUUGUCUACUUGAUCUCCAAAUACCGUAAAAUUUUAACAAGGCUUUAUGAAUUGGGAUUAAGAAGAGUUUUGGUCAUGGGUACCGGACCAUUGGGAUGUGCACCAGCAGAGCUUUCUCUGCAUAGCCAUGAUGGCAGUUGCCUAUCCGAUUUGCAAAAAGCGGCAACAUUGUUCAAUCUUAAACUCCAAGCAAUGCUUGACAGUCUCAAUAGUGAGAUAGGCUAUGAUGUGUUUAUUGCAGCCCAUAUUCGACGAACCAACCUGGACUUCAUUUCUAAACCCGGAAAAUAUGGAUUUGUUACGUCAAAGGUAGCGUGUUGUGGACAAGGAGCAUAUAAUGGAUUCGGGCUAUGCACAAGAGUAUCAAACUUGUGUGCCAAUAGAGAUGCAUAUGUGUUUUGGGAUGCUUUUCAUCUGACCGAGCGUGCAAACAGGAUCCUUGUACAACAGAUUCUUAGUGGCUCGACUGACUACAUAUCUCCAAUGAAUCUUAGCACCAUUAUGGCUUUGGAUGCCGCUAAUGUAUGAUUUCGCCAUCUAUGGGCUCAUAUAUUGCACCAUAUUGCAUCUAUAUAACUUGAUAAUUGAUA